UACUGUGAACUUUAGCGAUAUGUGGAGGUAGGCAUUGAAGGAAUUGAAGCAUAUCAAAUGUUGUUGACAUUCUCUAUGCAUUUAUAUAAAGAUCUUACAUUCAUUAUAAACAUUAUUCUACCCAGUGGACAUAAACUAGUUUUCUUUCAUAAGAUGAGAGGACUAGAAGCUGGAGUGUUCCUGCUGCUGGCAGUUACCAUAGUAACAGCUCAAGAUGCACCAGUCUUAAUAUCAGAAACAGAACCAAAAAUAAUAUGUCUGUAUUCAAAAGAACUACGUAAUGGGAUGGACUUUACUGCAUUUUGUACUCUGACAAAACCUGCCAGUGAGGAUGUGAGUGUGUUUGUCAGUUUACGUGUAACACAGGAAACAACAAGCAACUUAGCUUUUACAAAUUCAAUGUUCACAAUCACAAUAGGUGCUGGAAACCUUCAUGGAAGUGGUACAUUACCUAUCUCCUAUGACCUUACUACUGGAGCAACUUACUUCAUCCAUACAUCAUUCAUAGGAUUACGUAUAAAGCCAUGGUCUGAGCAGAUAUCUGGUUAUCGCCCAGAACUUCCAUAUUUUAUUAUCACGGACAAGCCUGUAUACAAUCCAGGAGAUGAUGUUCUUAUACGAGGUCUGACAUGUGACAUGUAUUUGAAGCCUACCAGUACAAGUGCUACCAUUGAAAUAAAGGACAGUAAAAAGAACAGUAUAAUGAAGGAGACCUCAUCAAAUAAUCUUAAAACUGGAUUUCCUAGUUAUGCUAGAGCAUUGAUAGAUACAAACUUCACCCUGUCUGAUGAUCCAUUGACUGGCAUGUAUACUGUCAGUCUCUACACAGAUGAAGGAUAUGUAGAGAGACAAUUUGAAGUGAAAGAAUUUGUUCUUCCACGGUUUGAGGUAAAGAUAGAGCUUGAAACACAAUUCCUUGUUUCUGGAAAUGAUGAGAUAAAAGGAGUUAUCAAGGGAAUAUAUUCCUAUGGUAAGAAUGUUCAGGGUAGAGCACAAAUUAAGUUAACCGGUCCCUUCAGAUUUAAUGAUGAUGAAGACGUUGCGUGGAGUAUUGAUGCUUUUGAUGGAAGAGCAGAAUUUACUGUGAAAGUGGAUGAGAAAAAAUUCCCCAUACCAUGGUUUGGAGAUUAUGUUUCUAGUGGAACAACAGUGGUUUUACAAGGAGAAGUUAUAGAAGCCAACUCUAAUGAUGUACAGAGUGUUGAAGUCUCUGUUAACAUUUACCCAACAGAUUUCACCGCAAAACUUGGUCCUAUGCCACUUCUCUUUAAAGGAAAUCCACAGUACACAUUCCCGGUAGCAUUGACAAACCCUCUAGGUGGAAUGUUGAAGGAUGUUGAAGGUUAUACAUUAUACUACAAAGCUAUAGAUGACAAAGAUUUUUCAAAGAUGACUGUCAGUAGUAACCCUAUGACUGUCACUGUUAGAAUGAACACAUCAGACUUAAACUUAUAUAGCAAUAAAGUUCAAGUUUACUUUGCUUGGAAUGAAAUAAAGAGCCCACUAGUUACACAAGAAGUAACUAAGUACUAUACAUGGAGUAAUACAACACUGAAAGUAGAAAUGCUAGCUUCACAAUCUAAGGUAAGUUUCCUGUAGCUCUCCAAUUAAACC